ACGUCUUACUGUAUACUGAACAGGGAUAACCAGUCCGAUAUUAGGUAGGUACGCUGACCACCAAUAGGUAAUGACCGGCUUCCACGCAUCGACUAGUAUCAGUCGUAUUUUGUCGUCCCACUACAACGGACCCGUCUCAUCGCCGCCGAUGAUAAUACCACCAGUAUAAAUAUUAAUAAGUAAGUAGUUCACCAAUAUAAUUAUACGCAAUCUAAGCAUAAUAAUAUAGUCACGUCGAAAUCUAUUUUGCCGUACGAAAUAAUGUUAUUGUUAUCGCAAUACGAUAUUAUAUCAUUGUGUUCUCUGCAGCGUUUACUACGACGAUAUUUUUACUGCAGGUCUGCAGUCAUGGUCAACCCGUCGGAUACACAUCCGAAACCUUAAUAAAAUAACGAUCGCAUUAUACGGGCCGCUGGCCGGGCAACAGAAUUUGUUAUUAUCGGCCGGACAGUUCGCAAAGUGAGUUACCUAUCGCCGCUGAUGUCGAUACGUUAAUACUUAUGCGAUGUAUUAUUAUUUAUUUUUACAAAUCGUAUCCGAUAGACUUACUACCUACUUAAUUGUUGUGAAACGAUGAUUUUUUUUAAAAAAAAAGAUUUAAAUGUUCAAUAUAAUGAUACAUUUUUUUUUAACGUUUACGACUAUUAUAGCUGUAACAGAAUGCCAUUCCGAUUUGUAUACGCUCUGUUAUGCUAUAUUGUGAUAAUUCGAGUGUAUUAUAAUAUUUACGAUAAUUACAAUUUAGACGUACUCUUGUAAAAAUAAUUAUUUAAAGAUAAAAAAAACAAAAAAAGUCAGAUAGGUUAAACUUAAACGUAAUAAUAUUACAUCAGAUUAGAAUACAUUGUAUACCGCAUUGCAGAAUUUUCGGAUGGGAUGGCUAUCUCAUCGUAUUUCACUCUCCUUGACAUAACUAUAAUAAUAAUGUUAUAUGUAUUAUUAUUUAACUAGCGAUCUAUAACUACUGUUAUUAUUAAUAAUUAUUAUCAUAUAUAUGGGUUCGGUUUAAAUUAUAAUGAUAAACAAAUAUUUAUAAAAAUAUGUUUGAAAAACGAUUAGGAUUUAAUAUUAUACGCGUAGUAAUAAUAUUUUAAACAUCGACUUACUUAUGGUCUUAAUCGCCAUUAUUCGCAAUAUUUAUAUAAUUCCCAACGAAAUAAAAUAACAUUUUAUUAUAAUAAUAUAGUAGUAAAUAUUACAGUUGUAUUUUAUGAAAUUCAUUUGGAGUUAAUAAGGUGCGCAACUAGAUGUUACAUAAUAAAUGUAAGGCCGAAGCUGGAAAAAAAUAUUUCGAGGGCCAUUAAGCAUCGACAGAUAACGCUUCCGGUUUUUGCAUUCUAAUUAUUGACCAUUUGAUCGUUCUACUAAAAAUAUUUGAGGCAUUCGUCUCCCCUCUGAAUCAACUACAGCCACGAUAUUAUCUAUCUAAUAAAUAAUAUUUUACUUUUGCUAUAACGACGCUUCAAUUUAUAACACUCGAAACUCUACAGUAUAAUAGCCAAGGUAGAUAGCAGCCUGUAUCAAAAUUAUUGAUGACAGUCGGUUAAAAAGUUCAAUGUUAGGUCUUUUUAAUAAGUAAAAUUAUUAUGAUUAUUAGUUAAAAAAUUUGAUAGUUUUCUUUAGUUAUGUUUUUUUAUUAUUUUAUGACCUUGAUAAUAGAUUUCAUUAGUACAGUGGCGUAAUCAGAACUUUUGAAGAGGGGUGUCGCAUGUCUACAUUAAAAAAAAAACCUUUUUUAACACAUUUAUAUAUAUAUUACUUAAACAUGGUUGUAAGGGGGUCUCCAGACACCUAAACCACCUCCCUGGUUGCACCACUGCAUUAGUAUAAUUAUAUAUAUUUUCUAAAAAUUGUCUGAAAAAAAAAGUUAUAUUUUUCAUAAAGAAUAAAACAGUCUAAAUUUUGAAUUUUGAGCGAACUGAGAAAUGUAUUGGUUUUCUAAAUUUGAUAUUUUUUUAUAAAACUUUUAGAUUCGAAGCAGAGCGAGGGAUUACUAUUUUAUUUUAUUAAUUAACGCUACUCCAGCAGUCACACAGUACAGUAAAAUUUACAAGUUAUAUUUUAACAGAUUAGUAAUAAUAAAAAAAUAUUGAGAAUAACAAAAAUAAAAACAUUUCACAACAAAAAAGAGAGUGUUUUACACAUUAAUAACAAGUUAUAGUGUGAAUGCGGCGAAUAAAACUGAGGUAGCAGUUAAGGGGAGUUAUGGAGGUGUCCGAAUUGGUUACCCUACAUGUCGAAUUGGUUCCCGUUUUAAAAAGGUACUUUAUGAAGUUAAGUCGAAUUGGUUCCCGUUUAAUACCUACAUUUAUAAAAUAAAUAUAUUAUUUAUAACGUAGUAUAUUUUUAAACCUUUUUCAUACUACGGCGGGUAUUUUAUAGUUAUCAAAGUAAUAAAAUAAUGUAUCCGUAGAGUAUUGCUAAAAUACCGCAAUCGAUUAGGAUAACGUGAAUUCAUCUGGAUAUAGCUAUAUUAUGGCUAUAUAUGCCAAAUAUAAAUUACAGAAAUAUUUCUAGUCUAAAAUCUAAAUAAUAUUCUAAGUUGAAAGUCCUAUAAGAAUGGCAAGGGAAAUGUGCGUAUUUAACUAUCUUACUGCGAACAGUGGGAACCAAUUCGACCAGUAGUGGAUACAUCACAAAUUUAAAUGGGGACCAAUAAAUUCGGCUCAACUUCAUAAAAUAUUUUUUUUAAAUGGGAACUAAUUCGGAUAUACCAUUAUAGUGAUGUAGCAUUCUGUGACUGUGAUUGUAGUUCGUGCGAUGAAAAAAGACGUAGAACAAUGACUGAUCUCUUACUGAAUAUACAGGGACACGAAAAUAAAUAAAAUAUAGAAUGUCAGAAACAUCAAUUGAGCUAUGUAGUAAAGAGGAAAUUACUAUGUAGGGAUUACUUUUAUGGUUUCUUCGUCUGUUUGAAAACAGAAUUUCCGAACUUAACCGUAACCGAACUUCGCACAGAAUCGUUUUUCAUUAGUAAUAAUUAACCGUUGCAUACAGAUAUGAAUUAAAUAACUUUAUAUAUUAUACUAUCUUGAUUUCCAUCUACAACAGUGGUGCAUAUAUGAACAGAAUCAGCUCUUUUUGAUUCUGAGUGGAGCAAGGGAUUUAUUUGUUUUACAAUGAUGUUUAUUAAUUUUUUUUCUGUAAACGACUUUAAAACCCGCAAUUUUGCUCCAAUGUACUAUGAUAACAUUUUUUUUUUUUUAAAGGAAAUCUGACUGAAGUUGUACUUUAGGGAGUUAUUUUUUAAUUUUUCCAUGAGUUUUUUCAAUAAUUGGAAAAAAUCGGAAAAAAAGGAAAUACUUAGGAAAACAGAAAAAUAGGUACAACAUUAAAAAUAUAAUAGAGACGAGUUCAGUGACUGGUGUAGGUGAAAAUUUGGGAAGGAAUGAUAAACCAUUGCUUACGAAACAACGAUUCUGAGCACAGUUCAUGAUGCAAGUGAUGCUUUGUCAACAAUAUAUAUGCCAUAUUAUAGUAAAAUAAAUAAAUAGGCUCUAUAUGUUUUCUUUUAUAAUAUUUGUUUAAUGUUGUACCUAUUUUCCCAGUUUUCCUACGUUUUUCCCGGUUUUCCCAUGUUCUAUCUCGGUUUUUCACAUUUGCUGAGAAAACUCAUGAAAAAAACGAAAAAUGACCUCUCUAAAGUACCUCUCUAGUGAAAUUUCUUUUUAAAAACAUUGCUAUUAUUAAAAUUAAGCGCAAAAUUAUUGGUUGAAAAGUUGUGCACAGGAAAAAAAUAGUAAUAUUUUAGUAAUAUAUUUCGUAUAGUUUCCUUUUUUUUUUGGUUUUUCAAAUUUUAUAAGAAAACUUUUGAGAAAAUUAAAAAGUGACCUCUUUAAAGUACCUCUCCAUGCCGAUUUUCGUUUAGAAAAAAUGCUACACUUGAAAAUCCUUCUGGUAGAAAAGUUGUUUACAGAUAUAAAAAAAAAAAAAACAUCUUUGUAAAAUCAUAAGCUUCUUCGCUCCACUCAGAAUCUAAAAUACAUAUGCAAUUAUUUUAUCUUAAUAUGGUAUAAAUAUUAUUGACAAUAUAACACUAUCAACUUAACUCUACUCGGAAUCGUUUUUUCGUUUUCAAUGGUUUAUCGUUGUUUAUACAAAUAUACAUUACAUUUUUUUUUUGAAUCGAAUAAUGUGCUGGUGCAGCUACAAAGAUGGUAUUGGCAUAUUUUUUUGUGGAUUUUAACAGUUUAGGAGCCCAAGCAAAAUCGUAAAAUGCCUUAGUAAAGUCUACUAAAUUCCUAGCGAUAUUUUAUUAUAAUUUUUAUAGCAUAAUGCGACAGUGCCAACUUGACAAACAUGGUUAAAGCUAAGUUUAAAUUAUUUAAAUUAUUUAACACAUUAUUAUCCAUUUACACAAGAAUAAUUAUUUAAACAUUUUGGUUUAAACUGUAAACAAAUUACGUUCACUUAUCAGUUGUCAGUUUACAAUGUCAUAUUUGAAUCUGUCGUGUAAUCACUUGUCGAUUUAAUGUGUUUGUAAUAAUUAUCUAUACGUAUAAUUAAUAACGCUUUUGUCAAUUUACGAAUUAUCAAUCAAAUUGUUACGCAAAAAUUGAGCUGCAAUAUGUAUUCUAGCCAACAUCAUUGACUUUUGAAUAAUAUUCUAUUCUAUAUUUUUAUUGACAAACCUACAGAAUAAAAAUUAUUUUUUUGACAUCAAAUAUCGUUUGACUUGUUGUGUUACAGAAGACGAAACCAUAAGUUUUUGAUUUUGAUCUCAGUUCCCGGUAGUUUUUCAAAUAAUCCAUAGAGGUGCAGCCUACACAAUAUUAUUGUGAUUUAUUAUAUUAUUAUUGAGUUUAAACAUAAAAUAGUAUCGUUAAAGAAAGUCGAAAAUGCAAUCUAUUUUUCUACAAUAAGAGUCCUACCGUCUACUGUAAACCGCGAAUGUGUUCUAAUGAAAUUCAAGGGUCCAAGCCAACGAAAUGGUAAAAACUAUAAAACUAUUAUAUUACAUAACCGAACUAUGUUAUGAAUGAAAAUUUGAAUUUCAAACGUCAUUUAUAUUAGAAUUUAUAUUGGUUAAACAAUGAUGCUUAUUUUUUUUCUGUGAACAACUUAUUUACCAGAAAUUUUGAUCCGAUUUUCAAAUGUAGCACCUUUUCUGAAAGGAAAUUGACUUAAAAUUAACAAUGAUUGAUCUUUAAGUACAGAAAUAUAUUAAAUUUCCCUUCUACCUUCCCAAUUUCUCACCUACAACAGUGCUAACCAAUAAGUAUCCGAGUAUGUCAGUUUUUUUUUGUGCCGUUCAUACAAGUCAAUUCGUUAUCAACGAAUUAUAAGUGUCAAAUUUGUCUUGCAAAGACACUAUUGAUAAAAAAAGAUACUAUAACUGAUGAAACUAACACUGUAUUUUUGUUAUAUAAUAUCAAUAGAUACGUCGAAUCUCUAAAUUCAAAUAAAUUUAAAAUUGUAUACUCUCAAAUAUCAAAACCUAAAAAAAAAUGUGUUAAAACAUAUAUUUCCGUAUGAAAGAAUUUUCUGUUCUCUGCAUAAUAUAAUAUUAUGUAAGUAAAUGCGUAUACAAGUUAUUUCGUAAUUAAUAUUUUUCCAUAGACAGAAGUAGAUUGAAUACAGAAUUUAUGGUAUUAUAUGCAGAGUUGCAAAAAAUAUUUAAAAAAAAGACAUGUUUUUAAUGUGGUUUUAAAUUGUUUUGUAAUAUAAUAUAAAAAUCGUAUUUUAACAUUUGAUAUACCAUAUGCUAAACCAAGACUAUUUGUUUAAAAUGUUUUAAACAUGUGGUUAAACACUUUACAUGGUAUUAUAGCGUUUGGUAGUUUCAGAUUUAUAAUUUAUAAUUUGUUACUUUUUAAUGUUUAGUUAAUAAUUUAUUAUACGAUCUCGAUAUACCUAUAUGAUAAAUGUGAUACUAAAUAUUUCAACUUGAUAAACUUGGAUUUAAGUUCGGUUUUUGAAAGGUAAUAUGGAAUACUUAAGUAUACAUUUUAGGAUAAAUUUCAAAUGUUCAACUCUACGGCGCACGCAUGUGCAACACAACUUACCUUUUUUUUCUUUUAACACCUAUUUUUAGCACCAUUCGAAUAGUCCUAUUUAUUUCAAGCUUUUUACUAAUAAAUUUUUGUUCUAUCUCAAAAAUUGGAUAAAAUACAGCCGUUUAAAAUGUAUAAAUAAGGAAUAAAUGUAAGUAAAUUUAGAAGAACAUUGGUUAUCUAAUUCUAGACGUUUAAUAAAUUAUAGUCAAUAAGAGUAAAGAUAAUAUAAAGCUGACUGGGAAAUAGGUAGUAUACUUAUGUCGGUAAAAAUGUAAAUAUUUAAUUUUAUGUUUUUUAUUCAUUUUUGUUUAUUUUGUUAAAAAAAAAUUACUUUUUAAUAUUUAAAAUGAAAAAUAAACAUUAUUUAAUAAAAAUACGAUUUAAAAAUAUGUUUCUAAUAAAUGUAUUUAAAACGCAUAAAAAAUGGGUAAUUAAUUAAUCCAUUUAAUCCUAAUUAAUUAAUUUUGGCCAAGCACUCAAGCCUGUGCCUGUCAUUAUGAUACCAUAUAAUUUAUAAUAUUGAUAUUAUUACUCGAUGUGUUUUAUAAUAAUAUUUAAUUAGUUCCAAAGAAUGUAAAUUACUGAUAACAGAAGAAUUAUACCUGCUGCGUUGUUAAUUUUAAGUUUAAAAUUAGAAGGCAAUUAAAAGUAAUUUUUAUACUUUUUAAAAGACUCACGUAUUGCAAUCGUUUUUUUUUUUAAGUUAGAAUUGUUUAUUUUAAUAAUUCCGUCUAAAGACGUUUUUUAUAAGUAUUCGAAAUUCUGUUGUAUUAAUAGAGGCAUUUCUAAUUUUUUUUUUUAAUCAAAUAAUAACAAUUGUUAUUCUAAUCGUUUUUCCAGAAAAUCGAACAAAAACUGAGAAAAUUCGGUUACAGUUACGAAAAAGAUAAGGAUAUUCCUUGCAUGAUGGGUGGGUAACUGUUGUAGGUGUGAAUUUGGAAAGGUAGAGGGGAAUUUAAUGUAUAUCUGUACUCAACGAUUAACCAUUGUUAACGAAAAACGAUUCCGAACGGAGUUCUGUUAAAAGUGUUAAUUUAUCAAUAAUAUAUUAUAUACCAUAUUAUGGUAAAAUAAUUUAUUAUAUUAUUAUUAUUUAAUAUUGUACCUAUUUUCCCGUUUUUCCUAAGUUUUUUCCUGGAUUUUCCUGUUUAUUAUGAAAACAGCUCGGAAAACUAAAAAAAUGACCUCCUUAAAGGAACACCCUGGUUAGAUUUCCUUUUGAAAAAAGUGCUAUAAUUGAAAAUCGCUGAUAAAAAAGUUGUGCACAAAUGAAAAAAAAAAAAAUGAACAUCUUUAUAAAAUCAAUAAAUUCCUUGCUCCACUCAGAAUCUAAAAUACAUCUAAUUAUAUUUAGAAAAAAAUAACACGAAAUGUACAAUACUUGAAAUUUUAGAACAUUUUUUUACUUUAAGUUUAAUAAUAAACUGACAGCACAAAAUCGGUUCCACUGAACAAAAUGUUGACAUCAAAUUUUUAAUAUCAUUCGUAUCAUAAUAAUAAUAUAAUAUGUAUAACCAAAAAAAAUAGAGCGAACAUUAAUUUUAAUAAUUAUACAUUUGAAAAAGUGUUUGUAAAAACAAAAUCAAUUUUUCACGUCAAAAAAUGUAUGUUAAAAUAUUAUCCGUUUAAAUUAUAAUUUUCAGAGAGUAAUAGUGUUACCGUUGUUGACAGGAAGCAUGGAUUUAACGCAAACCAAUCAAAAAUCUUUAGAAAUCGCCAACACUACUGGAAACGGUGGCAAUGAUGAGAAUGAAGAACGCGAUUGGCGAGAAAUGGGAUUUUGUACCAGAGUCAAAUACGUUUUUCAAAAUAUCACCGUCGAGCCACUCUUGGCGUUUUUCCAAGUGUCGUCCGUACUAUCGGCAUUGACUACGCAAAAUUUGAACUUGAAAAAGGCUUGCCGGGUGAACUUGCAGAUGGACGACGAAGUGUGUUUCGGACUGGAAAACAAAAACAUCUCGUCGUUCGUUACCGAAGAGGUGCAAGUCCAGCAGGCUGUUGCCGACAUGCUCAUAUGGCAAACGGUCAUCCAAAGCAGUAUACCGUGCGUCUUGGUUAUAUUCAUCGGAUCGUGGAGCGACCGGAACCGAAAACGGAAACCUUGCAUGCUCGUUCCGGUUUUAGGCGAGCUGAUGCGAAACGCCGGACUAUUGUUAUGCGUGUUUUAUUUCUAUGAACUCCCAAUGGAGGUGGCCGGUUUAGUGGAGUCUGUACCCACGUCCUUGACGGGCGGACUUACCGUUUUGUAUUUGGCCGCGUUUUCCUACAUGGGAGACAUAAGUUCCGUAAGUGUAAUAUUUCGCCUAUAUUUAUUUUUCGAGGUUACCAGAUAUAUAAUAUACUUAUGUAUAGAUACUUAGUAUAAUAGUAAAUUUACUAAAGAACGAAACACCCUAAUUCAGUGAAAUUGCUUCGUCUUAUUAUUUUAUAUUUGAACCAUGACAAAUAGAAGACUAAUGAUGUUAUAUUAUUGUUUAUUAUAUCACCUAUAUAGAUUAUUUUCUAGUCCAUUUUUCCUAAUAGAUAUUGUGUUGUUUGUGUAGCUUAUGAACAAUGUGUAUAAGUAAGUAGUCGGCGCAGUUUCCGUACAAUAAAAAUAUAGAUAAUAUGUCAUCGUAUAUUCCGGAAAAAUUUUAUUUGGAGUUUUAUGGGAAGUUACACAGAAAAAAAUAAUGAGUGUCACUAGACACUAAUACAAUAUUCUACGACGAUGAAGUACGAAUUUCGAACGACUUGGAUUAAAAAUGAACGAAUACAAAUCCAAAUUAAAAAUAAUAAGUACACUGAUUAUUAUCAUUUAUUGUUUGUGGUUCGUGUACUUACUCGUGAUUAACAGUGUUUUAUAUAAGUACAUUUUAAAAUAUUAUAUUAAAAAAUAUAAUGUAAGAUAAUUGGUAGAAUUAACUAUACAGAUAAAAAUGGACAAUCAACAACUUUUUAUCUAGAUAGAAAAAAAAAAUGUUUUUUUUUUUUUAGGUACCUAAUACCCAUCAUAAAACUGAAGUAACAUUUAGAUUUUAAAACGGUUAUGAAACUAAUGUAACUGAAUAACUAAUAACUAAUUAUAAGUAGAUUAUAAAUCGUAUUGAUACUAUAAAUUAAAUAUUUUUCUUUUAUUUCUAAUAAACUAAUGAUUUACUGUCUAUCUCGAUAAGUUAAAAUAUACAAAUAUAUCCAUUGUUGAUAUACCUAUCUAGAUAAUUUAUCGUAUCCGAUGGAUUAACUAUCCACCUAGGUGUUGCAAAACGUUUUUUUUAAAGACAAAAAUUAUUAAGUAAUCGAAAAAAUAAUUUUUCUUAACGUCCGUUUUACUCAAUGAUGUAUUAAACUAUCUCACAAGUAUUUAUACACCCAACUAUGUUAAGCCGAUUAUAAAAUAUUUAUUAAAAUUAUAAUUUGCAUUUUGCGCGUACUUUCUCAAAAAUAAUUAUUUAAAUAUUACAAAACAAAAAAAAUUCAGAUUAGUUAUAAACAUCCAGGAAUCUAAAGCAGAUUUAUUAUAUAAAUAUAAAUAUAUAUAAUAUAACAUUAAACGUAGCCAUAAAAAACCCGUAUAAAAUUAAAAACAGCGAAUCUAACAUUAGUUACCUAUUACAAAAAUAUAUUAUUAUAAAAGCGUUUUAUUUUACAGAUAAAAAACCGAACACUCAGGGUGGGCUUAAUGAACUUGUUCUUUGGAGCGGCGUGGCCCAUAGGCGCUGCGCUGUCCGGCAUUUUGUUCCAGAAGUACGGAUUCCUCGGGGUGUACUAUAUUUCCACUGUGCUGUACCUACUGGCCGGUCUGUACGGUUUGGUUCGCAUAAAAGAAAAUCCGGGCCCUGCGGUUGGAGCAAUUACAAAUGGAUCCGUGGAUAAAACCCAAAAACCAUGCAUGUACUUGAUUACUGAUUUCUUUAACAUGAAACACAUAAGAGAAGCACUCCGCGUGACGUUCAAAAAAGGUCCUCGAAAACGGUGGGUUCAGCUCAUCAUGUUAAUGUUCAUAAUUGUCGUCGUACAAGGUCCGAUGCAAGGUUAGUACAAUAUAUAAUAUUGUUAUCUAUUAUAGUAUUAUCCGUUACACGAUUACACAUUGAAUUUUAAAUGUUGUGAAUUUUGAAAAAUGUUUGAAAUCAAGUACUAUCACAUGGCGGAAAUAACGAAUAUUUUAAAGGAACGCAUGAACAAAUCGAAGAAUUUUUAUUAACCAAAAUAAUGUUUUCCGAUAAAAUACAGAACACAUAUUAAAGUUAAGCAAUAAACAUUCUGAACAUUUUAAAACGAAACUGAGAACAUUUUUUUUUCUAGAAAUAAAAUCCGAUAUCCCUAUAUAGUAUCUUUGUAAAACAGACAGAUAGACAAUUAAUUAGUUAAAUUACAAGAAAAUAUAAUAUAUUAUAAAUUGCAAAAUAGCUAUAAACGAUUCAGAUUUUCGUUCAAUUAUUAUUCAAUUUUAGAUUCUGAAUCGAGCGAAGAAGCUUCUAGGUUUACAAAGAUGUUUUUUUGUGACCAACUUUUCUACCAGUAAUUUUGUUCCGACUUUGAAUGAGUCCAAAGAAUGAAAACCAAAACUCCAUGGAAAAUCAAAAAAUUAUCUCUUUAUUGCAUCAUUUAUAACAAAUAAGUUCUCUUGUUAUUUUUCGAUUGAUCCAAGUUUUCUGUUAGUUAUUUAUCGACAAAAAAAAAAAAACAACAAAAACACACGUUAUAAAACCAAUAGAUUCACUGUGUUCCGAAUCUUAAACAAACAUUGUAAGAGUAAAUGUUGUAUAUUCUUGUAUAACCGUGUUGUGACGUAAAUCCGGAUAGUCAAAAAAUUCGGAUUUGAGACAAAAAGAAUUCAGGACUUAAAAAUUCAAGAAUUCCAAUUUUGGAUUUCAAAAUUAUAAUCAGUUUUUGAGUUGUAUGGAAAAUGCCUAAAAUAAUACAAAAUCAUAGUUUCGAAUUCAAAAUUCAGUUUUAAAUUAAAUUUUUAGAUUCUAAAAAUCGAAUUAUCGAAUUUCAGCAAAUCCUGUAGAUUUGUAACAAUUACUUGUGUGCACCCUUCGUUAUGAUAACGCAUCAAUUUAAUUAUUACAAAUUAGCAAUAAUUAUAUUACCUACAUAAUUCUCAUUCGAUUUUUCCUGCAUAAAAAUAUGUUUUAGAAUAAUAAUAAUUAUUAUUGUUUUGUAGGAGAAGUCGCAGUCGGCUACUAUUACGCACGAUUACGGUUCAACUGGAACGAAGUUGACUAUAGUAUAUUCUCUACGUUCCUAUUCGUGAUAAACAUUGUCGGUAAGUUUAUAAUAUUGAUAUUCUCAAUAAGAAUUCAUUUUAUUUUUUAUUACAGGUGUCGGAUUUGCAAUUGGUGUUCUGAGUCACACAUUCAAAGUAGAUGACGCAAUAAUCGGUGUCAUUUCGUGUUCGAGUAAAGUACUGGCGGGAUUCGCUUUCGCGUUUGCUCCCACUCCGUUUUUCUUCUAUAUGGGUAAGUAUUUUUUUUUUUUUAUUAUUAUUAUUAGAAAGAAUUAAGUCUAGGUUAUAUGUUCAGAUACAGUUUCACGUAUAUAAUAUAAGGGCAAUAAAUGUCAGGUUUUCAUUUCGGUUUUGAGUUGUCAUGUCGGUACAAAUAGUAUUGUCGAGAAAAGUUUUUCUUUUUCUUUUCUUUUAAAAUAUAAAGAAAAUAUUUUAGAAUACCUGAUGUAUAUUAUGCAACCCAAUAUUAAUAGGAUUAAUUUUAAUUAGAUACAAAAGAUAAAAAUAAAUAUACCUAAAAUUGGACGCAUCAUAUAAAGCCAACAUUAUUUUCGUAUAAUUAUUGAGUUGGAUACGAUAUUUUUCGAGUACAAAGUGCACUAUUAUUACUAUCAUUAUUAUAUUUAUAGUCGAUUUAAAACUAAAAACAAUUAUAUUAUAUGAUUGAUGGCGUUAUUACAUAAGACCGAGUAUUAUACCGAGUAAAAUUAAAAAAUAUAUAGUUUUGUAAUUAGUAUACCUAUUACAAGUUUAACGUUUAUUUAUACUUCAUCGAGUAGUUUUUUUUCUUGUUUUUUUGCAAUUAUAACAACAAAUAAAAAUAUAAUGGUGAGCGUGUUACUUUCAGACCUUCGGGCCAACUUCAUGGUGAAUAAAACGAUGCUCACGCAAUGAUGAAGUAUUUUAAUUAUCUACUAAGCGAUCUCGACAUCUCUGCCAAUAUUAUUUUGUUUUAUACCAGGUCACGCAUCUAUCCCUAAAUACCGUGCAUUUUUUAAUUUAUUUAUCAAGGAUCAAUAAUCAACACUUAUAUAACUGGGAGAAUUUUAAAAUGUAUCAUAUUAUCAUAUACAAAAUAUUUGAAAAUAAUUGUGGUAUAAUAGUAAAUCGUUUUUCUGCCAUAAUGAACAAUCAAAUAGUUAUUUUAGUGUGCAAAACUAUAAGGUACGUUUUAUACGAAAACGAUAACGAAAAACCUAAGUAUACAAAAUAUUAUUACUUUGACACUCAAGAGAAAUAAAUUAAAACAGAAUUAUCUAUAUAACUGUUUUUCACUAAUUAAAAGAUGAUAUACUAUAUAGUAUUAUUAUGUACAACAUCCGUGGGCUAACUUAACGAUGCGUUAAUUGUUGGUGACAACAGUUCAGUAAGGCUCAAUAUUGCAAGUAUAGAUAAUAUCUGAGGGUAUGUGUGGCAGCUUGCGUAUGCACUAUAACGCCAACCUACAGUUGUUAUAAUAACAAACCAUUGUUUAUAACAAGUGUCACUAUUCACUACAAUUAGACAACAAAAUAAUCUUAAAAACCUAAUAAUAUCUUAUUCUGUGAUAAUAUAGGCAUAAUAUAGUAAGGUUAUUAAAAGACAACAUUGGUAAAUUAAAUUAUUUACUUACAGAAAUAGUGUAUUUUAUGAAAAAAAAGUCCUUAUUUAAUAAUUAUUAUUACAGUUAAAACAUGAGAAAUAAAAAAAAAUAUAUGUGUACAUAAAUAUGGUCAAUGUCUUUCCCUCUGCGUACGUCACUGCUGUAUUAGAUGUAAUAAUUUAUCGUUACAUUUGUUUUGAUUCUUGAAGAUUAUAAUACAAUAUUAAUUUACGACAUACAGUACAAAUAGUGACUUAGAUACAGACGAUUGUCAAACACGUGGGUGUGAUUUUCACGUCUUGUUUUUAAAAAGAAAGACAAAUUCCUUUGGGUAUUUAUUUUUCACAUCUUUCAAAACGAUAUAAGUGUAAAGUAUAAUCUAAUCUACGGCUCAAAUAUUAACAAUUUAUAUAAUUGUAUAAUUUAAAAUCCAAUGUUUAGUUUAAAAAAACGUGAUCGUGUACUACUGUUCAUUAUCGUUCAUGAAAAGUCGUUUAUAGCAAAACUUGUUUCUGUUGUAUAGAAUAUAUUUACCGUUUCAUAAGUACAUAGUAUAGUUAUUAUAACUAUAAUUAAAGUAGUAAUAGAUACGCGCAGUAAAUAAAAUCGUGGUUGAGUCUGCGCAAUUACUAUUAAGUUAUAUAAGUGUAAAGAUUUUUCGAUAUCACUAUUCAAAAUGAAAAAAAAAAAUCAAUAUUUUUAAUGAACAACAACAUAUAUACUAUGAAAUAUUUUCUAAACGUGGUCACCCGUGUUUUUUUUUUUUUGUUAAAUUUUGCAUAUAUUUAAAUUCUGAUUUUUUGAAUUUUUAAAUGUUAUUAAAGCUGAUAUUUUCGAAUAAUUAGAUUUUUCACAACAUUUAAGGAAUAUAUUGUGGUUUUAAUACCAACUUAGCAGCACUAAUAAAACGUCGCACGCCAUGUCGCCAGACAAAUGAUACUCCACUACUCUCCCCCUACCCAUACUUAAAAAUGAAUAUCUUGUCAACGGGUUGAUGGAAAUUAAAAAUGUCAAUACUAAAAUGUAUUUAAAGUAAUAUUCCAUCUAGUAUCAUUAAUAUGGGUUUUCAUUUGAAAAAACAAAGUUGGUAUCAUUACAGGUUACUCUUUAAAUGCUAUGAAAAAUCUAAGUAUUCGAAAAUAACGGCUUUAAAUACAUUUAAAAAUUGUUAACAAAUAUAGAAUUUGAAUACAUUCAAAAUUUAACCGAAAAAAAUGAGGUGAAUCCCCAUAAAUAAAUACAAAUAUGUUAGGUUAGGUUUCCUUAUAAAUGGAUAAAACAAAAAAGAGCUAGUACCGCUGAUGGAUACGUCACUGUUAUAGGUCGGAAGUCGGGAAGAGAGGACAUACAAUUAUUUAUUAUUGAUAACAGGUACAAAAAUAGAGGUGUACUCUAUUACACUUGUAAGUAACGAUACACCAUUUCUAACGAAAAACAAUUCUGAGCAAAAUUUGGUUAAACAUUUCAAAAGGCCGUAAUAUUUAAGACUUUCGUCGAAAUUUGAUUUUUACUCUUAUAAAAAAUAAUAAUUAUACAUUAUAUACAUUUUUUUUUAACCACUAAGUAUGACUUAUAAUGAAUUAACUGUGAAAUUUUCAAGCAUUCUUUUUCAUUUCAUAGUAUAACCAUUUUAAUCAAUAGUGUAUCUACUGAAUAAAAAUUGCGUAAAAAUCUUGCAAAAUUAAAAUGCCUAUAAAUAGAUCAAAAAUGGUUCAAAUCUUUUGAACAUUUUACUUCGUUUAGAAAAAGCAAAUAUAAGUUUUUGUCAAUAUUUCAAGUUUCUACGAAAAAAUUUAACUGAAUUAUAACAAAAAAACAAAUUUGAAAAUAAUAAAAUAAUAAUUUACAUAAAUUUUCCCGUUUUUCUAUGCAGUUUAGAUAAGCGUAGCAGUGUAGAUAAGCUAGUGAUUUAUUGGCUUUACUAUGUUGUUUUUUUUUCUGUAAACAACUUUCCUACCAGAAAUCUUGCUCUGAUAUGUAGAGUAUAGAAUCUUUUUUGAAAAAUAAUAUUGUCUAGUUGGUACAUUAGAGUACAUAGAGGUCAUUUUUUGAGUUUCAAAAGAUUUUCAAAAUAAUUGUAAUAAACCAGAAAGAAAAUUGUGGGUAAAACGAUAAAUAAUAUUGCCAGGGCCUUAUCGGUUCGUUGUUUUAAAUUUUUGUUCACUAAGUUUUCUACCAGGCAUAUUACUCCAAUCGAAUUAUGACAAUAGAUCUUUUUUAUUUUUUUGUAAUUUAGUUGAUGAGUAAGUUAUUCGUUUUUUAAUUUUCUUUGUAGUUUUUUUAAUAAUUGAGAAAAAUCUGAAAUGAUAAAAAUGAAAACUGAUAAAAUUUCUUUAUUUUACAUUUUUACGGUUUAUAUUUUUCCCAAAAUAUUAAUAUUAUAUUGUUUAAAUUAUAAAUUGUAUUUUUCAAAAUAUGCGAAAAUUAUUUUAGAGGUUUUUAAUUUCUUUAUAAAUUAUAAUAUUAUAGUAAGGUAAUAUUUCGUAAAGCGAUAAAACAUACUUUUUGUGUUACCCAGAAUAGAUUAUGUCGCAGGGCACAUCAUUUUAGGUUCUGCUUUCCAAUUGUUUUAUACUUUAUAUGCCUAAAAUGUUUAAACCGAUGGUUUUAUUAUUAAUAAUAAAACAAAUAACAAUAAUAAAAUAACAUAUAUUAUCUGUUACAGGUGCCGUCGUUGAUAUAAUGAGCGGUUCUUCGUAUAUCGUGGUAAGAGCGAUACUCUCCAAGAUUGUACCGCACGAAGAACUAGGUACUUACAAUAAUGACGAUGUUUUACUCGGUUUGACCAAUAUACACAUCUUCUAUUAUAAUUUAUCAUUUUCCAAUUACAGGGCAAGUAUCCGCCAUCGUAGCUGUAAUCGAAACGAUUGUACCCGUUGUGUACAAACCAAUGUACAGCGCCAUUUACAGAAUCACCGUAGAGAAGUUUCCGGGAGCAUUUUACGUAAUCGGUUCAGUAAUGCUUAUUCCAUCAAUAUUUUUAUAUUGGUAAACAAACAAAAUUAAAAACGCAUACAUUUUUUGCUGCACGGGUAUUCUACUGAUUUAGAUGAAAAUAGUCAGGGACGGAUAGUAAAAUCGUCAUAUCAGAAUAAUAUUCACUUUUUUAACAUUUAAUAAAUUGUAGUAUUUCAAAAAACAUUUAUGAAUAUAUAAUUCAUUAGUCAUUGGUAUAUUAAUGUAUACAAAGUCAUGAGUGUAUUUAAGUAUGUAGUUUAUUUUGAAUUGUUAAUAAAAGAGUUAAAGUGGUUAAUCUUUUAUCUGGAAUAGUGGAUUUGCGUGUAGUCUUUUUUUUCGGAUGGAAUCAUGUGCAUUUAUUUAGAAUUCGAUGAACUCCGUGUAAUUAAUAAUCAUACAGAUAUCUUAAGUUAUUCGAAUUAUAUGAUACAAAAUUCUAUUAUUUAUAAUAUUUUAAUAUGCACAUUAUUGUAGUCCCUCGGGUCCCUCGGCUCUAAUAAAUAUCUAUAUCUAUAGUAAAGGCAUAAAAUAUAUUAAGUAGGUAAUAAUAAUUAUGCUAUUUAAAAUGGAAUAAUUGGAUUAAUUAUUAUUGAUCAUAUAAUUGAAGUUUAGAAUACUAAACAUAUUAUGAUACAAAUCUUGAUAUAACAUAAAUAUUAUUAUGAUUUAUAUUAUGUUUCGAUAGAAAUUUUAAUUUGUUCAAAAAAUUAUAAUUCAUUAGAUAUUAUUAGUUUAGGUAGGUAAAUAUUUGUCCGCUAUAAAUAGUAAAGUUACAUAAUCUUUUUAAAAUAUUCGAUUUUAAUACAAAACUGAGAAGGCUAUCUGCAGAUAUUUGUUGUAUCUAUAAUUUGUCAAGUCUAUGUUUUUUAAAAAUUUUUUUUAAAUUGUACAUGUUAUAGAAUUUAUCAUUAAAAUCGUAUUUAACUUCUACUUUAAAAACAUGAACAUUUUAUUAAUUUGUAAACAUAUAUUUUAAAAUAGAAUAAGGUACCUACAAAAUAUUUUGACAAAGAACUGUGUACAAACGAUUAACAAUUUUUAAUUAAGUAGAAAUAUAGAAUAUUAAAUCACCUAUGGUUAAGUAUUUUCGAUUUAUAUUUCAUUAAAAUUUCAAUAUUCAAGUAUUCAAAUUCAAUAUUUAAUAGUCAAAUUCAAAUAUCUGAAGGUGUUAAGCGAAUUUAACGAUCAAAUGUUUUUUAAAUAAUCUGGACAAUUAUAAAUAACAUUUUUAUGUAAAUGGAUGUUUCAAAUUUAAAAAUUAUUAAUUAAAGAAAAAACGAAGACAAGUUGUUUAAAUUUUAGAUUAUAAAUGGACCAAAGAAGCUUCAAUCAAAUUCUGCUUUGUUUUUUAUUACUCAUAGGGAAGAGGACUACAAACAUUUAUACUUGAAUUUUUUUCUUUUAUUUUAUUAUUUACGGAAAUUUUAAGAUAGCCAUUCUGUAAAGAUUGUUUUCCUGAAAAUUUUAAUAUAUCACACAUUUAUAUCCGAUGAAUAAAUUUUAAGUAAAAACUAUUUUAAAUUUAAAUGUAAAUAUUUUAGUCCUCUUCCUUGUGAGUAAUAUAAAAAAAUAAAUAGAAUUUGGUUUUUUUUAAUAUCUCCGGAGGUAUUCAAGGAGUAAUCUUUGUAGCCUGUAUAUAUUGUUAACAAAGCGUGUUGCUAUCUAACCUAAUCAUCCGCAACGUAGUUAUAAAUUCUUAUACGAUUUUGAGUGUGUAAAGUCAGGAGACUUUAACGUUUUUGCAUGAAUUUUUUUUAAAAUAUAUGUUGUAUGAGUUCACUUAUUAUAGCUUGUACCUGUGUAAGACAAUUUAUCGAUUUCAUUUUGUUUUCAAAUACCUUUCACACCAACCCAUUUGAGAAGAAAUUACAAUAUAUUUAAUUUAGAUUCUGAGUGGAGUGAGGAGUGGAAUGUAUUGGUUUUACAGUGAUAUUUAUUUUUAUUUUUUUUUUUUUUAUCUGACAACAACGUUUUUACCAAAAGUGUUGCUCUGAUAGUACUUUCAAGUAUAACAUUUUUUCUGAGGAUAUCUGACUUUAGUGGUACAUUAAAGAAGUUAUUUUUUGAUUUUUUAUGGGUUUUUAUUGUAAAUUGGAAAAAAAGGGAAAAUUUACGAAAUUUAUUAUUUUAAAAUUACGGCCUUUUAAAACAUGUAUAACCGAACUCUGUUCAGAAUUGUUUUUUGUUAGCAACAUUAACUGUUACGUAAAGAUAUACAUUAAAUUUCCCCUUCUCAACCUUCUCAACUUCUCACCUAAAACAGUGGUCCACCCACAUGCGAAGUAUAUCCGUCUUUAUAUAUACAUAUUAAAAUUUCUUUUAAAUAAACUAUACAAUCUAAUGAAAUUGAAAAACUCACAUUACAUAGACCUAAAGAACACUGGGAAUCAGACUAAAUCUAUCGUUUUCAUACAAAAUUGAUAAUUGCUAAUUUCUUUAAAAUUCAAAAACAAUAUUCUAACCUAGUUUAUUACUUACUUUAUCAGUAGUCCACAACAAUAAUUUUGAAUUCUAUACCGGAUAUAUAUUUGUUGUUUAUAAUAUUGUAAUGCGUUUAAAAAACACAAUAUCUUUUUUACAAGGCCAUGAUAAUAGCUUAUAAAUUAUUUACGCAUAUCUGUUUUCGUAUAUAACAUAAUUAUUAAUUAUAUUAAAAAUAUAUUUUUCAGGUGGAUGUAUCGUAUUAAUAUGAAUAAAAGUUCCAUAAAAUAUUUCGAAGGAGAUGAUAAAUUAAAUGAAGAUGUUGAUAUAUUAAAAAAAUCUUGAAGACUAUAUAAUCAAAACUAUUUAUAAGAUUGAAAAUAAAAUAUUAUGUUAUUGCAUUUUUAGAGUAUAUGCAAAAUUAAUUAUUGGACAUGUUUUCUAUUAUAUUUUUGUAUUCGUAUUUUAAAUUUUAAGAUGAAUUAUUAUAGUAUUUAAUUUUAAUUUUUACGUUGAUUAGAUGAUAUUAUUAUUAUGAUUGUAUGAUUUUUUUUUAUAUUUGUACACAGAGUAUGAACUUUUAGAAUUGUUUGAAAUGUAUAAGCAUAUUAUAAUAUCAAGUUGAACAGAUUCCUACAUAAGCCAAACAUAAAAAACAAAAUAUAGAUAUUUGUCAUUUCUUGAUAAAUACCUUUAUUUAAAUUUAACAUUAACAAUUAAAAAAUUAGUUUAAUUUUAUUAUCAAAAAACUUCUACGUUUAUUUUCUCGUCGCUAAAAUUACAGACUGGUGCUUUUCUGUACCGAAAAUUGUAACAGUAGCAGCUGAUACCUACUGAAAUACGAACAACGGAUUUACUUACCGAGUUAUAAAAUAUAACAUUGUUCGUAGAUUUAGGAUUUUAUAUUAUAUAAGCAUUGCUCAGUACCUACCUAUUGUAAUAUUAAUAAGUUAUUAAAC